AGAAGUCAUGCAGGAGAUUUCUAUCAAUAUGGCUGCUCUGGAUGAUGUGUUUGUGAAUGAGAACAACAAGGAGGUAUGCAUGCCUCUAGAAACUAUGGAGAAUAGCUCCUUCACUUCUACUUCACCAAAGAAAUGCGAACCACAUACCUCUGUAAUAUCUUUGGUGGAUUCCAGCCUGAGCAGAAAGAGGAAAGGCUGCAUGCAGUAUGGAAAGAGUUUCAGUACGAAAAGUAAUCUUAAUGUCCACCAAAAGAUGCACACUGGGGACAGACCAUAUAAAUGCAUGGAAUGUGGAAAGAGCUUUAUUCAGAAAGCAAUUCUUAAUCAUCACAAAAGGAUCCACACUGGGGACAGUCCGUAUAAAUGCAUGGAAUGUGGAAAGAGCUUUACCCGGAAACAAAUUCUUAAUCAUCACAAAAGGAUCCACACUGGGGACAGUCCGUAUAAAUGCAUGGAAUGUGGAAAGAGCUUUACCAGGAAAGGAUAUCUUAAUGAUCAUGAGAGGAUCCACACUGGGGACAGACCAUAUAAAUGCAUGAAAUGUGGAAAGAGUUUUACCCAGAAAGGACAUCUUAAUACUCACAAAAGGAUCCACACUGGGGACAGACCUUAUAAAUGCACGAAAUGUGGAAAGAGUUUCAAUUGCAACAGUAAUCGUAUUUGUCACCAAAGGAACCACACCGGGGCGCGACCUUAUAAAUGUAUGGAAUGUGGAAAGACCUUUACCCAGAAAAAAAGUCUUAAUCAUCACAAAAGGAUCCACACUGGGGAGAGAACAUAUAAAUACAUGGAAUGUGGAAAGAGCUUUAUUCGGAAAGAAAAACUUAAUCAUCAUGAAAGGAUCCACAUAGAGGAGAGAUCUUAUAAAUGCAUGGAAUGUGGAAAGACCUUUAGCUGCAAAGGAAGUCUUAAUCGUCACAAAAAGAUCCACACUGGGGACAGGCCGUAUAAAUGCAUGGAAUGUGGAAAGAGUUUUACCCAGAAAGGAGAUCUUCAUAGUCACCAAAACAUCCACACUGGGGACAGACCGUAUAAAUGCAUCGAAUGUGGAAAGAGCUUUAUUCAGAAAGGACAUCUUAAUCGUCACAAAAGGAUCCACACUGGGGACAGACCGUAUAAAUGCAUGGAAUGUGGAAAGAGUUUUACCCAGAAAGGAGAUCUUCAUAAACACAAAAAUAUCCACACUGGGGACAGACCAUAUAAAUGCAUGGAAUGUGGAAAGAGCUUUACCUGGAAAGCAAACCUUAAUAGUCACAAAAGGAUCCACAUUGGGGACAGACCAUAUAAAUGCAUGGAAUGUGGAAUGACCUUUAUCUGGAAAGAACAACUUAAUAGUCACAAAAGGAUCCACACUGGGGACAGAUCACAUAAAUGCAUGGAAUGUGGAAUGACCUUUACCUGGAAAGGAAGUCUUAAUCGUCACAAAAGGAUCCACACUGGGGACAGUCCGUACAAAUGCAUGGAAUGUGGAAAGAGCUUUACCCAGAAAGGAAAUCUUAAUCUUCAUGAAAGGAUCCACACUGGGGACAGACCAUAUAAAUGCAUGGAAUGUGGAAAGAGUUUUACCCGGAAAGCAAACCUUAAUAGUCACAAAAGGAUCCACACUGGGGACAGACCAUAUAAAUGCAUGGAAACUGGAAAAAGCUAUACUGGGAAAGCUCAUCUUAAUUGUCAUGAAAGAAUCCACACUGGGGAUAGACCGUAUUAAUGCACAGAGUGUGGAAAUAGCUUUACUUGGAAAACACAAUUCUCAUAA